UUCAUGUGUGUGCCUAAAGCAACGCCAUCAGCAAUGCCGAUGUUGCCGGCAUCAACCACCACCACGGCAAUCGUGCGACUGUUUUCACCAACACGUAUCCUGAACUCUACGCAAGGAAUAGUUGUUACCAACUACCGAUUUGUAUACGGGAAUAUCAACCGAUACUAUCCCAGCGCUGUGCUCCUGGAAGGAUAAUAUAACACCGCGCGCGGAUAGUUUUGGUGCAUCGUGAAGGAAACCUUAUUGCCGCUAUCUUGGUAUAAUUGCUUGUGUUGCUGGACAACCCCUUGGAAGAUAGCCGAAAAUGGGCCGGUCGAGGUCAAGGUCUCGCAGCCCCAACAGAUACGGGAGUGGAGCGGCGAGACCCGCGUCCGAGAAAGCGCCCAAAGCUAACAGGCGAUACCGCACCAAGGCUGCCGAGGCCACAGGCCUGAGCGCCACCGCACUCGCCCGGCAGCGGCAGCAGCUGCUGCAGCUGGAGGAGCAGAUCCUGGCCACCAUCGAGGCGCGCGUGGAGGAGCAGCUGGCGGGCAAGCUGGCGUCGGAGGAGGUGCAGGCUCGCAUCCAGGCGCGUCUGAAGGAGGAGCGAGCCAAGCUGGAGGCGCAGGUAACUGCGCAGCUGGAGUCCGAGCGCCGCAGCCUGCUGGAGCGCAAACGACAUGAGGCGGAGCAGGCCCGCAAGAGGCAGGAGGAACUAGACCGCAUUCUGGAGGAAAACCGGCGCAAGGUGGAGGAUGCGCAGAAGCGGGCGGCCGAGGAGCGAGCGCGGCGUGACGCGGAGUGGCAGGCAGCGCUGGAGUCGCGGGUGGCUUCGGCACGCGGGGGGUUCCGAGCACCCGUGUGAGGAUUAUGACGGGUGUUGGGGAUUGACGGCGACUUACGACGUUAAAGAAGGCACUGAUAAUGAUGGCUGGUGAUGAAUGGAUGGCUACUUGAAGACGUGGGGAGCUCUUCUCCACCCGCCAACGUCAGUUCUGCGGUGCGGAAGUGGCGGUAGUGCAGGGGGGAUGCGGCAGCACUACACGUACCCGUGUUGCAAAAGGUGGUGCCGGUGUGAAGAGCAGCCAAGGUUUACACGCGUGGUGCCUGGUGCAUAUUGAGGAGGCUGCAACUGCAGCUGCAACGGGCUGCAUGUGGUUUGCUCUCUCAGGCUCCGGGAGCAGCGGGAGUGCCCUGCACUUCACGGCGUGACCCACAUCGCCCACAUGGCCCAUAAGCCAAACGCAGCACGACGGCAUGAUGAGCUGCCGGGCGCAGUCAACCUUGCAGCUCGGCAGCUGGUGCUGCCGCCUGCCGCGCUGGCUGGCUGCACCAAAGGGCGGCUCCUGCCUUCAUGAAGCAGCUGCCGACGAAACACCGAAGAGAUUCCUCAGCCACGCUGGUGGCUGUGGACAUCCUAAUGAGGCCCUGGCCUCUCAUGGCGUCAUGCCUGCUACCUCCUCCUGCACCUGCUGUGAGCGACUAGGACGACGCAAGCAGCAAGGCGUGGGCACCAACUGGCUCGCCUCUUCAGGCUGGUAGGGGUUGUGGCGUGUUCAAUGGGUUGUGCAGGGUACGGAGGCACGGAGGAGGCACGGAGGGGGCGAUGGUGGGGUACGUGUUCCGAACUCCUGUUUGUUCUGCUCCUGGGGCUGUGAGCCUUGGUAGCUGGCACGCUGGUCUUGAUAGGCAUGGCAACUUAGCAAGUUGGGCAGAUGAGAAGCAAGCUUUUGCAUGUCUAAUGUCGAUGCCGGCUGGGGAUUGCUUGUGCAUCGGAACAAGCUGUCAACAGCAGCUACUUUGCUGGAUGUUUACCUACAACAAUUAUUGUGGUUAAAUGUAAUGUGAGUUUUGCUUCCUCCAAACGCGGGCUGCAAAACCCCAAACUCCCAUCCCCCGCUUGUCCCUUGGGACACAUACAG